UGCUGGGAUAUGAUGCAGUUCAUACAGUGGUCGUUUUCAGAGACCUAGAUCUUGAGAAAAUAGUGCCGAGUAGAUGUAAAAACAAUUUGAUAUGUGCACUAGGGCAGAGACCAAGUAAAAUGUCCACAUUAGUAAUGAAAAUGGUAGUGGAUGUGAGCAAAUGGGAGCAAGAAUUUGUACAGUAAAAGAAUUAUUGGUGUGUUUUCUUCUCAAAUUUCUCUUUCACAAAAAGUCAGCAUUUGCUAAAAUAUAAGACAUGAAAGGAGUUCAGGUCAGGGGAUCCCUGCUGAGCUGGAACGGCCUUGGGGACUGGGGACCGCAGAGGGAAGCCGGACACAGGUGAGGUAGGCAGGCCGGUCUGAGUAGAGGAGCGGAGGUGGGGAGGAGCCAGCCCCUAGGAUCCUCCUAUCAGGGCUUACCAUAAUUAAAGGAUCAAAGAUCAAUGUUGUUAACAUUCUCCCAAAAUGAUGAUGGAGAAAGUAAUUACUGAGAUUUUUUUAAGGUAAUGGAAAACAGUAUGUGCAUGUAAAUAUUUUUGCCUUUUAAUCAGUUGUGAUUAGAAGAGCCAACGCUUUGAGCUACUGUGUGGUGCAUCUUGCCCUUCUUCCAGUUCCUGGCCAUUACUUAGCCGGGGGCUGGAUGGGAAGAAACACAUCGUCCUACUGGCUCAUUUUGGGACUCACUAAACAAGCAUAGCAGCCGCCCAUUACUGCUUUUUGUCAUUAGGGAGAUUUUGAGAUGUAUGUACCGCUAACGAUGGAAUCAGUGCAGGUCAGAGCAGAUGUUAAUGGAGUUCAUACCACAUGGUAGGUAGAAGGACCUGUCUCCCUGCCUAGUAAUGUGUGGUGUUAUUCAGGGCAAGGCUGGAACCGCACAAGGAAAUCGUAGCCCCUGGCAGGAGGCAUCGGAGUGCCUGAUGCACAGGGGUACCCAGGUCUCGGUGGGUCCUGGAGGGGAGGGUUGGCCAGGGUAGUAGGAGGGAAUAGACACACCUGGCUGCCAGUGCCGCGGCGCCGCGCGCUCAUUGGCCGUGAGGGCCGUCAGUCGGGGGCGGGCAGUCAUUGGGCGCAGGCGCGUAAGUCCUGCGGCUGCGUAGUAGCUGUAGGCGCCUCUGCCGCUAUAUUCAAGUCAGUAGCGUCUCCAGCGCCGCGGGCGGGGUAACUCUGGCUGCUCUCUCUCCGUGCUUCGGUCCGAUGGCCCGGGCAGGAGCGGCCCGUGCCGUCCAGUCCGUGCAGCGGGCACUGCGGAGACCAGAUGUUGAUGGAUCCGCUCCGUGCUCGGCUGCGCCAUCCUCCCGGCGCGCAUGCGGAGGCGGCACCGACCUCGUGCCCCGGCCUCGGAUCGCCGCCUCGCGCCCGCUGGGCUCCCGGCUCCGCACUCGCCUUUCUCGGGUCUCCCGCGGCGUGCGGAGGGCUGCGAUCGACCAGGACUUGGAGCCGCUGCCCCGGACGGACUUCAGAGAGCUCGGCCGAGAAGCGGUUCCCGCUGUCGCAGAUCUACAGUGGAGGGUCCAGAGCGGGCUCUACUUCAGCGGUGAAGGCUACAGCGAUAGCCCUGCGGGCUGGAAGCUGCACCAUCACCUGCUGCAGAGAAGGAAGCUCCCUUACCUGAUUCCGCCUGCCGCUCGCCGUGCCUCCCGCUCACACCGUCCCCGCCGGCCAAGGCCUCCCCCCGCUGAUGUCACCGUCGCUCGCCAAAGCCCUGCACCGCGGGCCGAAGCCCUCCAACAGCGGCUACCUACCGCCGGCGCCAGGGCCCCACCUUGCCAGGGAUCCUGCGCCCUUCUCACGCAGGCCUGGCCUCGCAGCGGCAGCUCACCCCCCGUGCCAGGCAAAGCCACUGGCCUCCGUCGCCGCUUCUCUCCACCAAAGCGCAGCCACCCAUCCUGGAGCCCGCCUCUCUCCUGCGCUACCCGCCGGUGCCUCCCGCUGACACCCGCCCUAGAUGCCUCCGCCACCACUGCCCUCCAAUGCCUUCUUCCACUGAUGCCGACGUUGCUGCCUUCGCCAGCGCUCACUGCCCUCCAUUGCGAGAUCCCUCAGACUCGUACCACUGCCAGCAGGGGCCCCCCUGCCAGGGACCCGGCUCCCUGGUUCCCAUGCAGGCCUAGCCGCCUUGCAGCAACCUUAGGUCAUAGUCUCCACAGAGAACAACUUCGUCUGUCUGAAGUCAACUCAUGAAAGUUCUACUUGAUCCAUUUCUGCAAACAUCUGCUGUUCCCUACCUUCAGGGUCACACGAGGCAGGUAGAGCACCGACCCGCCAAGGAAACUGGAACGAAGAGGAGAAGAUGUGAUACGGGAACCUCGAGCCUAAACUGAGAGCAGCCGGAUGUGGAUCCCUGUGUUCCGCAAGUGGCAGGAAUCUCCAGUCUCUCCAAGUACUCCGCCUGUCUUUGCUUUCCAACCCCACCGAUCCUCCAGAGCAUCACGUAAGAGCACCGACCCGCCAAGGAAACUGGAACGAAGAGGAGAAGAUGUGAUACGGGAACCUCGAGCCUAAACUGAGAGCAGCCGGAUGUGGAUCCCUGUGUUCCGCAAGUGGCAGGAAUCUCCAGUCUCUCCAAGUACUCCGCCUGUCUUUGCUUUCCAACCCCACCGAUCCUCCAGAGCAUCACGUAAGAGCACCGACCCGCCAAGGAAACUGGAACGAAGAGGAGAAGAUGUGAUACGGGAACCUCGAGCCUAAACUGAGAGGUGAGAUGGUGGAGACUGGUAGUAUCUUUCCAUGUGCUGCUUCCAAGGUUCACAGGGAAUAAAGGUUGCCACGGAGGUAAGGCCCGGGAUGUGGACAUCACCUGGUAUCGGUGGAGCCACCUAGCCACUAGCCAUUAAUGGGAAGGCUAGCGUGCGGCACUGUUAUUUCCUGCGGAGGUACACGUGCG